AUGCACGCCAGCUACCUCCUGGCGCAGCUCUUGAGCGCGGAGAUGCCAUCCACACUGGAGGCGUUUGCGUCGCUGACGGAAGAGUGGUGGGGGCUUGUCGAGCGGCUGGUGCAACUGCCGGUGGUCGCUGCCGAUCUGGGCCAGUUACUGUUGGAAACUGCACACACAGACGGGGCCCAGCGUGAUCAUGGCAGCGCAGAGUUCGAGGAAAAGGUUAUUGCGCAGUGGGAGGAAUGGGUCUGGUCCAGUGUCCCUCGCACGGUGCCCGCCCCUGCUGCACGCGAGGCAGCUGUAAGCGAAAGUGCUUUGCCUGUUUCCCCUCCCGACAUCCUCUCCUUUACGCAGUUUGCGGAUCUUCUGCACUCUUACGACCGCUAUCGUCUAGGGGUCCGCUGGGGUGCGUCCCGCAACAGCGGAGACUGGGCCUCACAUGGAGGGGCCGCCGCUGCCGCUGCCUACUACCGCCGACGUUACUUCCUCCACCCGUGGCACGGCAUGCACUGCCCUGCCGGCUCGGCCGAGCAAAUGCCUUACGUGCAUGUUCUUCAAUGGAUGUUGGCGCGGAAAGGAGGCAGUGCCGAGGCGUUGCCAACCGCGGCAGAGCUGUGGGAGCGCCACCGCGCACUGGAACCGUUCCAGCCAUCCUCGUCUUCGUUCAAGGCCUUGGAUGUGUGCUGUCAGAGCGGCUACGUGUCGGACUUGCUCAUCCGCGCUGGGGCCGGGGUCGUGGUGGCAGCCGAUGCCGACCCUGCCGCACUCGCCAACGCAGAGUCUACGUAUCAUGAGUGCGUGCGUGAAGGCGGAGGGAGAAGCCGGAAUGCUGUACUGUACACCCGCCGCUGUGAAGGGUUGCCUCGGCCAACAGCGACGCGCGCCGGCCGUAGCAGCAGCACCCCGUCCACGCCACAGAGAAGUGGUGCCUGUGCUAACGUUGGACCUGGAGUGCAGUCGACGAGCGCGUCCGCGGCUGAGCGGCGGCGCCGGCGGGCCAGGGAAGAGGGACGCGGCUACAGCGGAUUGACCUGGCCCAGCGAGGAGAGAUCCGUCUCGGGCGUCGAGAGCGCGGACGCUGACGCUUCCGCUGGUCCAUUUGAUGUACUGUACAUUCACCCUCCGAGCGCAGUAUCCAUCUGGCCGGUCGCAACGACGGAGCAAUUCAACCUGCGCAAAACGAUGUGGUGGCGCAAGCUGAAUUACAGUGCGGAAGCCGAGGGGCUGGACGCAACGCUUCUCCUUCCGUAUCUGCCGUGUACUGCGGCGCCAGCACUCGCACGACACAACCCUCUCGCCACGCGCUCCGGCCUUGAGCGGGCGCUUGAUACACUUCGUGCGGAUGUGACGGAGCGCAGCGCGGCUGCGUCCCUGUCUGGUGACGAGCCACCGCGUAGCGGCGCCCUCCUCACCGAUGAAGGGUACGUAGUGCUGGUACUACCUCGAACCUAUGACACCAACCUUCUGCUGCGCGGCGAGAUGCUUGAGACACCUUCGUUGGCGGACUGGGUGGUAUCGCAGCUGGACGGCUACUACGAUCUGAUCCUCCGUCGACGCUGCGGUACGCACGCUCCCCUUUCGGUGAGCAACGCCGCGCCGUCGUCGAAAGGGGUGGAUAGCAUGCUUCUAGGGGUCUUCCGUGCUGCGCAACGCCGAGUCGAGGGAGCCGCGAGUGGCGCGUGUGCCCAGUGGGCUGCGGAGUUGCAGCGCGUCUCCCGGGAGGAGAUGUGGCACGAUGUGCUAGUGCUGCGCAAGAACCGGGCAAUGGCCCGUCGGUGCGCCGCUCGGCAUACGGAGGGCUUGGGGCAAGACAGGGCGGCGGCCGCCGGCGCGGUGCAGUGGGAGGACUCUUUCGAGUAUAACGAGUACUACCCGCGCGGUACGGUUCCACACACAAGCCACCACUGGACCGCCCUGGUCCCCACCUACUCGUAUCUCGAGGAGGACUUCUACGAGACUCCGAGUGCCGCGCGCAACUUCUUGGCGGUGGGUCAUCCCGUCUCCGCCAACUCGGCAGUGACUGUCGGCUACGGUGUGCCUGGCGGCGCGACUCCAAGGGCCGCAGCAGCGGGGGAGCACGACCAAGGAACCGAUGGUGUGACAGAAGCAUCACAGCUGGCGUCUGCGAACUUCCACGCCGUCUUUGCGGAAGAGCUGCGCACGCGGCGUCGCUCGAAGCUGCGCAAGCUGGCCCUGAGUCCACUGGAGCGGCAGGAGUGGUAUAUCGAUGAGAAGCUGGUGAAAUCGAGUGCUGCCAAGCUGGAGCUGCUCAAGGAACUCUCCAAGUGGGACCUGAAGGACUACGACAAGUGA